CCGGGGGAGCCGCCCUGGCUGCGCUUGCGGCUGCCUCUCCCUGGCUCCCUCCUGGCAUUCAGAAGCGUGCCGUGACUCCUGUAGGUGCUGCAGCCAGGGGAGCAGCACAACAGAGUGGAGACAGCUUCGGUUUUUACAGCAUCUGUCCUCUGCCAGCACCUCAAAGCACUGCACAGACAGCAGCAGGGAGUAUAAUGCUGAAAUGGGGCAGUUUAGGGCAGCUAUUUGACAGCACCAGUUGAGGGCAGGAAGUGAAAUUGCACAGGGCACAGCCCGGCAGAGAGCCUGGAACAGCAGAGACUGUGACUAGAGCUGGGGCUAGCAUCUGACCUUCAGAGGAUGAAAUAGGAUCUUUAUGGGCAGGAGUGGUUAGAUCCCCAGCUUCUGGGUGUUUUGGAAAGGUGGUGGAUACUGGUGGGUAGAGAUCCUGUACCAGUGAGCAGUUGUACCUUAGGAAUCCAUUAGCGCCCGGUGCUGGGAGAGGGCAAGUAUGAACGUUUGCUCGGUUUUCACUUGCAUCAAAUGGUCACGUGAAAAUGUAUAGCUGGUUCCUCCUGGUUUUAGCUGGCCAGUGCAGCUGUGGGCCUGUUGGGGUGUUCAUGAACUCUGAGCCUUGUAGAGGAAGCCUCAGAGGUUAGCUGAAGCAACUAAAUGUUUCUAAUGCAGUUUGCUGGAACACCUCAGGGGCAUUGUGGCAGUGCUGGUACUUGGCUAAGAGUUCAGUCUCAGGGACAGAUUGCAACCUAAUUACACUUAACCUGCCCAGUUGGGCCUGGGCUGGUCUAUGUGCUAGAUCUAGCAGUAUGGGGCCAGUGGGCAGGACUGGUCUGGUGGGGUGUCACAUGCAGCACAUUCCUUGUGCUGGAGCAGCCCUUGUAUUGUAGUUAGUGUCAGUUAGUCUUGCUCCAGGGGUUAUGCUGCUGGAGGCUGUACAUGGGCUGGAUCAGGCACUGUGGGUGCUGCCUGUUGCCUUGGGGACUGGCUCACGGUAUAAAGCUGCAUCCCAGUGGACUGGCCCUGAACUCUGGCUCUGAGGCUAAUCAGGAUUGGGCUCCAGGCUAUCUGUGUGCAGGGCUGUGUGCAGUACAUGCCCCAUACCAGCUCUGUGUGGCAAGCAGUACCUCUGGUGCUGUCUAUCUGGCUCACCAGAGGUAACACAGUCUUUGGAGUGGGGCUGGCAUAUGGUGUAUGGGCUAGACCCAGUGCCAUGGGUGCUGCUUCUUGCACUGGGGGCUAGCACAGGGCUUGAGCUGCAUGUGGUACCCUGCUGAAUAGCCUGUCCUGCUGGCUCCAGCACAACCUGAUCCAGACUGGUCCCAAAGCUAGUGCACAGGGUUGGCCCAGCAAGGAUACCUUAUACAACUCAUGCCCUGAACUGACCCCCUGUGCUGCAAACAGUGCCUGCAGUGUUGGAUCUACCCCUCACACUGGACUGGCUCCAUGUGCUGCAUGCAGGGUUAAUUGGAGACUCGCAGGCUGAAUCUUUUGUGGCUCCAUGGGCCAGAUCCGGCCCAUGGGCCGUGUUUGAUGACCCUGGUGUAGGGCAUCUGGCUGAUCUCUCCAGUGGCAGGGUUUUAGCCUUUCAGGACUUCAGUAGAUGUACGUUUCUUGCACCCUGAAUGUCUGGAGUGGAGAUAAUCACACCUGUGUAAUGUCCAGCUUGUCUGAGCUGCAUGGGACAAGUGCUAGUCAUUUAGGCUGUGAACGAUGCUCCAGAGGUUGAAUCCUCUGGCUGCUUCCUUCCUUUCCUUGUCUGUGAGAUAAAAGGGCCCUGAGAAAUGCUAUCUUUGGUCCUCAGUGGGGAGCUGCAAUGGGAACCCACAAAAAGCCAACCCCUCCCCUCAUUUCUGUUUGAGAUGCGGCCAGUGGACAGAUGAAGACAAAGCAUAUGUUGGAAUCUGUAGCAUCUGAUCUAGUGGAGAGCUGUAUGCUGGGUCCCACAAUCUCUGCAUGGGAAGGAUCCUUGGGGCAGAGCAGAGGGAGGCUGCUUGCUAUGCUGUGGCCAAGCCUGUGCUGUGCUGUCCUGCCUGUUCUGGCCCAGGAACACAACUCCCUUGUCCUUGGAGCGUUAGGAAGGUCACACCUACAUCCUCACCCUCUCUUUAAACAGAUCGUUGAAAGAGGUGCAUCUUCCUGUGGGUAUCAGCAGCUGGAAGAGGCACUCUCUUGCUGCUUUCUCCCUGAUCUGCCAGCUGCCGUCUUCUUCAAGCAAGGGAAGUCGUCUUGCAUUUUUUGGAGGGCUAUUGCACAGCAUGCAGCAGAGCCAAAGCCAAGAUGUGUGAAGGGCCUUCCAGGAUCACUGGUCCAAUCCCUCCUGACCCCACACUUUUACGGGACUAUUACAAAUGCCCCCUGUCAGCUCGAGGGAGGUUGGAAGGGAAUGCUCUGAAGCUGGACUUUGUGUCUGGUCCCCUGGCCUCAGAUCCCAGCUUAUACCCCACCUGCUACAGCGCACGCCCUGCUCAGCCUGCCCCACGCAUCCGCCCCAGUGGUGAGGACAUCCUGGCAAAGGGGCAGAAGGGGACAGUUGGGGUGCUGCUGCAGCUGGAGGGGAUCUUCCUUGACAAGGAAUCACCCCCCAAAAGAAAGGAGUCCAAGAACUAUGAGAAGGAGAAUGUGAGGCGGAUACGGGAGAUCCAGAAGAAAUGCAAAGAGAAAGAGUUGGCCAGGGAGCACAGCCGACCUCAGCCUGUGAAAGCCUUAUGGAAGUCUCAGAAGUACGAGAAUGUGGGGUCCAAGGUGAAGGCCAAGAUACAGGAGAACUCUCCCCCUCCCAACCCAGAGUCUCAAAAAUUCCUGAGGGCAUAUUCCCGCUGUGGCUCAGGAAUCCAACCACGCCGGUCGCUUUCCCCAAGCCCUUCCAAAACGAGAGCUGUGAUGGGCACUGAGGCUCCAGGAGCACAGAGCAUGGACACCCAGAUCCAGGUGGAAGGCACAAGCAUCGACUUUGUCAGCCACAAUGCCCAGAAUGCCAAGCGGGCUCAGAUGCGGCGCUCUCGCUCUCUGCAGUCAUUGACUGAGGUGCUGGAGCAGAAGCGGCGGGAGCAGGAGGAGUAUAACAGCAAGCAGAAGGGCCAUGUCCCCCGCUACCUGCUGCAGAGGAAGGAUCUGUGGCGCAGAGAGACGGAGGAACGGCUGCGAAACCUGCCAGACCCUGACCUGCCUCCUGGCCACACCAUGAUGCCAGAGAGCCAGCGGCUGGAGACCCUUGGGAACCUGAAGCAGACUCAGGCACAGCUGACCAAGGACUUGGUGAUGCUGCCAGUGCGGGCUGACACCCUUGGUGUCCAGAGGAGGCGAUCAGAGCUGGAGAAGAAGUUGUCACAGAUCGAAGAGGCCCUCAAAAUCUUCUCCCGACCCAAGGUCUUCAUCAAGUUGGACUCGUGAGCAGGGAAGGGGACUUGCAGUCACUCCACUUGCAGGGGGAGGGGAAGGGAAACCAAACUCAGUCCACGGUUUCAUUUGCUGCAGCAGCAGUUUCUUCUAUGUGGUUUCUCAUUCUGCAACCAGGCCCUGUCCUGGGGAGAGCAAGACUGGCUUGGGAAGCUGGGCCCAUGCAGGUACUAGCACCAUUGGAGUCUUGAAAAUGGAACUAGUGACAGUCAUUUCCACGGCAGUCUCUAGGCCUGUUUGGCACAGAAGACUGGCUCAUCUGCCUUGGAAAGCAGCUGUCCCCAUUCUCCCCUGAGAGCUGCCCUUGCCCACACUCCCUGUGACCCAUCUCCUUCACUUGGAUCAAUGACAUCUGGACAGUGUCAGGAGCAGCUGCUCCUAUGCUGCUUGGAGCGUAGCACACCCCGACCCAUCUGCCUUUCUCCUGAGGUAAGGUGAGAGCAGCAGGAAGAUAGGGAGAUGAAGGGCCUUUUAAAGUAGGAGACCAGUUUUUGAAAGUCUCUCCCAGUGCCUGAGCCUAAUCCUGCAGGAUCUUACCUCUAUCACUGAUGGUAUAAUGGCCUUGCUAUGCCCAAGUGCUGGCUUCUGCCCUUCUCUGCCCCCAGGAUCUGACAGGAGUCCAGGGAAAGCAAGGACCAAUGCAUCUUGCCUGUGGACUGACACCUCUGGCCCCUGCAGCCCUUUGCCAAAGGGCUGUUCCUUAAUGCAGCUAAUGUCCAGUCCCUUAUAUGAGGCAAACUUAGAGCUGUGUUUGUCAUACCUGCUGAGCAUGCCUGGCAGCAAAGGGGCAGGAAUGAACAGGGGUGAGCUCCUGUCCCCUCUAGCCUGGCAAGGGGGAAGGGAUCUGGCUGUGGGCUGGCCUAGGGAUGGUGGUGGGAGUGUGAAGUGUUGAGGGCUUGGAAAGUGGGUUGUUUUUUUUAAAUAAAAAGUUUUUGAAGAUACAGGAUACUGGUGAGAAGGUAGUUGGAGACAGCAGUGCACAGGCAUGUGGAGCCUGGCUGUGGGGAGGGUUCUUGAGGUGGUUCAGUGCCAAAGCUGUAAGGAACCAGAGGGGAAAGCUAUUUUUUCUUUUAAAUUUUUCUUCCAGAAAAUAUUGGCAUUUAUUUAUUUAUUUUUUUUGUGAGAAUAGGAAAUGUUCAAAUUUGUCUGCACCUCAAUUUCAGAAUCCCACUAUGUGAUUGAGGCAACUAAUUGGAAGGGAAGGUGGAAAAUCCAGCCCCCAAGCCAGAAUAAAAAUGAGAUUUGGCCCCAAAAGUAGGAUUUUGAGAGAAUUCACAAUGCUUGUGCCUAUAUUUCCAGUUUUGGAAAACACCCAAGGCUCCUGCCUCUUGUUGGAGACCAGUUCCUGUGACCAGCUCCUGCAUUGAGAUAGAUGGAGCUGAACUGUGAAAGGGAUCAGCCUUUUACAUAGUAAGAAUGUGGGUGUGGGAGCCCAAGGGUGGUUCCAUGUUGGCACAGGUCAAUCCCUGCUGGGCCUGGUGUGAUCAUGGUCAUGGAAAACAAAAGGUUUCAAUCCUACUCAAAGGGAAACUCAAGACAUGCUUCCAACAAUGUGCCUGUGCUUUGUUCCCGGUGCAUGCACUGUUUCGGAAGUCCUUGGGGAUCUGUGAAAAGCAGCUGGUACUUGGUAUCUUGGAGGUGCAAUCAGAGGUAUGAUUGAAGCAGAAGUGAGCAUCCCCCAGCUGUUGUUCAUUUAGCUGGCUGGGGUAGCCUUAGUAGUGAGGAUGCAGGGGCAUGGGCUUCAGCAUGGAUGGCUUCAGUGGGCUCGUGCAGUCACUGCUGAAGUCUGAGCUGCUGUGUUUUCGUUAGUAUUGGCUAGGUUAAGGCUAGCAUGGGCGUGCCUUUCCGGCUGCACUGAGAGUCCCACAGGGCAUUUCAGCACAGCUGGUACCUGCUGGCCUUGCCAAUGGCUAGGGCACGCUGGUAGGUAACAACAGAAGGGGUAGAGGGGUGACAGUACCAGGGAUUAGCAGCUGCCUUGUGCUGUGCUAGACUCCAGUUUGCUGCAACUCUGCAUCAGGAUUUGUCAGUACACAUAAGCCUUCUUGAAAUAUGAUAAGCAUUAUCCUGCCUUUAUGCUGGGAGUCCUAGCUGUCUUGAUCAAAACCCUCUGUGAGCAGCAGGGUCAACUAGAUUCUAGGAUCAGGGCCUUUGACUGGGGCUGGCACAGCUAUGGAGGCCCUUCUGAGUGCUGCCCACAGGGCACUGACUCCAUCACAAUAAUAAGCAGCAAAGGCCACCACCUGGAAGGACAAGAUGCUACCACCUUGCAGUGUCCCAGCCUCACCCCGGGCUGGUAGCCACUACUUACAGCUGUGGCAUGUGAUGUAGGCAUGAUGUGGAGCUUGACCUGGGCUUCCACUGCGUUUCCCUGUGGAAAGGGAUGGGCUGCCCUGCAGGAGGGGUUGGUAGGAUCCUAUGACAGGGGUAAGUCAAAGUUAUGAGUGACAAAGCAAAAUCAAACCCUAGAUCAGGCCAGUGCCUUAAGUGCCCAUCUGUGCUUCAGUGAUGACUAGGGAGAAGAGGAAUGUAUGAAAAUAACAGGUGAUUUCUGAUUCCUGUUGAUUCUUCAGUCCUGCCCAUGCAUCCUACUGUUAGGCAAGUCCUGUAAUAGAGCCACCACUUGGUCCACCAAGGUGUGUGCCACUUCAAGGCCCAACGACUCGAUACCAAGGCAGAGCGGUGGUGGCGGAGGAAGAAGGAGACCAACCCGGGGCUGCGAAUCCCACUCCCCUGUGCAACAACAUGCCCCCAUUACUGAAGAACCUGUGCAUCUGGAAUCAGGCUCCUCAGUCACCUGAGGACUCAUGAAGCCUGACAGACAUCAUCCUUGACUUUGAGGGGCUGCCGCCGCCGUGUGGCUCCUGGCUGUUCUAGUCCUGGGAGCCCCUUGGCAGACCCAUUGUUGACAAGCAAGAAUGGAGUCCUACAAGUUCUCAGGACCAGAAGUGCCUCAACGCUCUUCUGAAAAUCCAGACUCACAGGGGAAGGGAGAUGGCUACACUAGGGCCUGAGAUUCCCCCAACCCCUUUUCCUGCAGAGUAGAGCCAGCUGUGGCUGGGAAGGGUCAGUGCCUUUGCCUGUUGCUGCUUCCUCCUCAUAACCAGACACCUGAGUAUUGUUAAUGAUCUGACUUGCAUGCUACUGGGAUAAACCAAGCCUGGAUUAA